CCCGGACCUGCACCUGGACCCGGACCCAGCUGUGUGUCCUUGAAGAGCGACCGUUCAAUGGACUGGUUAAUUAAAUUUAAAAGUGACCAACAUUCUGCUGUAAAGAGGGUCCAUCAGAAAGGAGACUCUCUUGAACAUGAACCCAGCUGUUUGUCCUUGAAGAGCGACAUGUCAAAUGAAAGAUAUUUUAACUUUAAAGGAGACCAGCAGUCUUCUUCAGAGAGAGUGGACCAGCAGAUCUCAGAGUCCCCCAGUGGUCCGUCUGUCCAGCAACAUCAGACACAGCUGGACUCCAUAUUUCAGCUGCUGGAGGACAACAUUGUCAUGUUUGUGAAGAACGAGCUGAAGAAGAUCCAGAGGGGUCUGAGUCCAGAUUACCCAGAAUCCCUAGAGCAUCUGUUGGACGAUGAGGAUGAAGAGCAGAGGAGCAGCGACGCAUUUUUGAAGAUCACAGUGAACUUACUGAGGAGAAUGAAGCAGGAGGAGCUGGCUGAGCGUCUGCAGAGAAGUUCUUUUUCAGCAGUUUGUAAAAAGCGGCUGAAGUCUAAGCUGAAGAAGAAGUACCAGUGUGUGUUUGAGGGGAUUGUUAAGGCAGGAAACCCAAUCCUUCUGGAGCAGAUCUACACAGAGCUCUACAUCACAGAGGGAGGGACCCGAGAGGUCAACGAUGAACAUGAAGUCAGACAGAUUGAAGUAGCAUGCAGGAAACCAGACAGAGCAGAAACAGCUAUCAGACAGGAAGACAUCUUUAAACCCCCAGCUGGAAGAGAUGAACCAAUCAGAACAGUGAUGACGAAUGGAGUGGCCGGCAUCGGGAAAACAGUCCUAACACAGAAGUUCACUCUGGACUGGGCUGAAAGCAGAACCAACCAGGACAUCCAGUUCCUGCUUCCUUUCACCUUCAGAGAGCUGAAUGUGCUGAAAGACAGAAAGUUCAGCUUGGUGGAACUUGUUCAUCACUUCUUCACUGAAAUCAGAGAAAUCUGCAGCUUUGAAGAGUUCCAGGUCGUGUUCAUCUUUGACGGUCUGGAUGAGUGUCGACUUCCUCUGGACUUCCACAACAAUGAGGUCCUGACUGAUGUUACAGAGUCCACCUCAGUGGACGUGCUGCUGACAAACCUCAUCAGGGGGAACCUGCUCCCUUCUGCUCGUCUCUGGAUCACCACACGACCCGCAGCAGCCAAUCAGAUCCCUCCUGAGUGUGUCUCCAUGGUGACGGAGGUCAGAGGGUUCACUAACCCACAGAAGGAGGAAUACUUCAGGAAGAGGUUCAGAGAAGAUGAGCAGACCAGCAGGAUCAUCUCCAUCAUCAAGACAUCACGGAGCCUCCACAUCAUGUGCCACAUCCCAGUCUUCUGCUGGAUCACUGCUAUGGUCCUGGAGAACGUCCUGGAGAACGUCCCGGAAACCAGAGAGGGAGGGGAGCUGCCCAAGACCCUGACUGAGAUGUACAUCCACUUCCUGGUGGUCCAGGCUAAACUGAAGAUGGUCAAGUAUGACGGAGGAGCUGAGACGGAUCCACACUGGAGUCCAGAGAGCAGGAAGAUGGUGGAGUCUCUGGGAAAACUGGCUUUUGAGCAGCUGCAGAAAGGAAACCUGAUCUUCUAUGAACCAGACCUGAGAGAGUGUGGCAUCGAUGUCAGAGAGGCUUCAGUGUACUCAGGAGUGUUCACCCAGAUCUUUAGAGAGGAGAGCAGCCUUUACCAGGACCAGGUCUUCUGCUUCAUCCAUCUGAGUGUUCAGGAGUUUCUGGCUGCUCUUCAUGUCCAUCAGACCUUCAUCAAGUCUGGAGUCAACAUGCUGGAGGAACAAAGAAGCACUUCCAGGUGGUAUAAAACAAGAGCAGAGACUGACCUCUAUCAGACAGCUGUGGACAAGGCCUUACAGAGUCCAAACGGACACCUGGACUUGUUCCUCCGCUUCCUCCUGGGUCUUUCACUGGAGACCAAUCAGAACCUCCUGCGAGGUCUGAUGAAAUCAAAACAAAGAAGUUCAAAAAACAAUCAGGAAACAGUUAAAUACAUCAAGGAGAAGAUCAGUGAGGACUUGUCUGCAGAGAAAAGCAUCAACCUGUUCCACUGUCUGAAUGAACUGAACGAUCGGUCUCUGGUGGAGGAGGUCCAACGGUCCCUGAGGUCUGGACGUCUCUCCACAGAUAAGUCUCCUGCUCAGUGGUCAGCUCUGGUCUUCAUCUUACUGUCAUCAGAAGAUCUGGAGGUGUUUGACCUGAAUAAAUACUCAGCUUCAGAGGAGGCUCUACGGAGGCUGCUUCCAGUGGUCAAAGCCUCCAAGAAAGUUCUACUGAGGGGUUGUAACCUCUCAGAGGAUAUCUGUCCACUUCUGUCCUCAGUUCUAAGCUCUCAGUCCUCCAGUCUGACAGAACUGGACCUGAGUAACAACCGCCUGCAGGAUUCAGGACUGAAGAAGCUGUGUCCUGGACUGGAGAGUCCACACUGUCACCUGGAGUCUCUCAGGUUGAAUGACUGUAACCUCUCAGGGAACAUCUGUCCACUUCUGUCCUCAGUUCUCAGCUCUCAGUCCUCCAGUUUGACAGAACUGGACCUGAGUAACAACCACCUGCAGGAUUCAGGACUGAAGAAGCUGUGUCCUGGACUGGAGAGUCCACACUGUCACCUGGAGUCUCUCAGGUUGAGUGGUUGUAACAUCUCAGAGGACAUCUGUCCACUUCUGUCCUCAGUUCUCAGCUCUCAGUCCUCCAGUCUGACAGAACUGGACCUGAGUAACAACCACCUGCAGGAUUCAGGACUGAAGACGCUGUGUCCUGGACUGGAGAGUCCACACUGUCACCUGGAGUCUCUCAGGCUGUCAAGCUGUCUGAUCACAGAGGAAGGCUGUGCUUCUCUGGUCUCAGCUCUGAGCUCCAACCCCUCCCACCUGAGAGAACUGGACCUGAGCUGCAACCAUCCAGGAGAGUCAGCAGUGAAGCUUCUGGCUAGACUGGAGGAUCCCCGCUGGAAGCUGGACACUCUCAGGGUGGAGCCUGCUGGACAACGAUGGUUGACACCAGGUCUGAGGAAGUAUUCCUGUCAACUCACCAUCGACACAAACACAGUCCACAAACGCAUCCAACUGUCUGGCAACAACAGGAUGAUGAUGUUUGUGAUGGAGGAUCAGUCAUAUCCUGAUCAUCCAGACAGAACACCUGAAUCACACGUUGCUGAAACUGUCCUGAAUGAUUCCUUGGAACCUUCUUCCUCUUCCGGUCCUUUAAAGGUGGAAGCUGCCGUUAUUCCAGGAUCCACAUGUGUUUCUUCCGUCUGUUUCCAGUCAGAGCUUCACGGUGAACACCAGCAUGUUUCUCUGCAGCUCAGUUUAGCUGAGAUCAGUCAGCUGCAGUUAGUUUGCUGCACAUGUGACCAACUGUGAUGUCAGAGAGGAAUCACUGAGCUACAAUCAGCCAAGAUGAAGUUACAACAAGGUUCAUCCUGGUCUUUAUUCUCACCCACAUCCUGUUCCAACCAGGACGUCACUACCGGACUGUCAGGUCUCUGUCAUGGCAAAGUGUUUUGUA